GAGUCAUGGCGAUUCGGGUCCCGCAGGUCGGCGUCAAGCCCACGCGGCAGCAGCCGCUGCGAGCGGCCGGCAACGGCGCCGAGAAGACUGGGUCGCGCGACGACGGCCCCGUCUUUUGCUCGCUUGUCGAUAAGCGCGAGGUGUGCGCCCAAGUGCUCAAGUCGGGCCUCGUGCAGUCGUUCGUGGACCUCUUCUACUUGGUCCACCGCGUCGACACACAGAUUGGGCCUGAUGGCGCCGACAAGAAGCUUCCGAUCGGCGUCUCGCCAGCGCAAAUGAGUUUUCUGCGCGACAACCUCACCACAGCCGAGACGGCGCGGCGCCAAGGCGACGUGAUCCAAGUCUUCGAGUCGUACGAGCGCCUCGCCGCCCACUUUACGGCCGCGCGCGACCUCCGGACCGGCGUCUUUUUCUACGAAAAGUGCUUGGAGAUUGCCCGCAUUGCGCGCAACCAAGACUUUGAGAUCGGCGCGCUCGAGAACCUCGGCAACGCCUACUACGGCUUGAAGGAAUUCGAAAAGGCGCAAGACAACCACGAACUCCACGUGCAGCUCGUGCGCCUCAUGCGCCCCGAGGCCGAGAAGAUCCGCGCGCUCCACGAGCUCUGCAAAGUCUACGAACAAGUGGCUUCCAUCCACGAGCGCGCCGGCGCAUACGACCAAGCGAUUCACAUCCACAUCAAGUUCCUCGACUGCGCACGGGACGCCAACGACCUCCCGAGCGUCGCGCUCGGUCAGUACCGCAUCGGGUGCUGCCACAACGCGAUGGCCCAAGCGACGGACGCGCUCCUGUACCUCAAAGACUAUCUCGUGCUCUGCAAGAACCUCGGGGACGUCGACGGCGAGUGCAAGGCGUAUGCAGCACUCGCGACGACCUUCGAGGCGCUGGGCCAUACGCAACAGGCCAUGGACUACCUCAAGGAGUACCUCGUUGUCGCUGAAAAGAUCGACAAUGUGGUGGCGCAGGCCGAAGCGUGUCGGCGCCUCGGCCUCCUGUAUAGCAAGACGCGCGAGUUUGCCCUUGCGCUCGAGAUGAUGGAGCGCAACUUUGAGCUCAUUCGCAACAACAGCAAGCGCGACACGCGACUUCUUGACGUCGCGCGCACGAGCCUCGGCGUCAUCCGCGGUCACCACCAGUUCAGUGCGUUCGUGGACUUUGUCACGUCGGACGUGGCGACCUUUCUCAAGUGGAAGGCGUCGCGCGCCAUGGAGCCCGCCACGUAAAAAGCUUUAGCCUGGCCGGGUGUAUAACGAAGGGAGCAACAAUGCAGUUGAUGGCCAUCUUAAAUUCUCAGGCCACGAAAGAAU